UAUGUAAAGAAAAGAUGGCGGCGCCCUUCAGCCAAACUUUUAUCUGGCGUACAAUAUCAAAUGCAUCUUUUCGGCGUAUACAUUUUAAUAAGCAUGUAGGCCUACAGUUUAGUAAUGCAAAUCCUUUAAAAGUGCAGAGAAGCCAUUAUCUUACUCGGUGUCCUAGUUUUAAAUCUCUGUUGAACGCUAAAUCCCGGUAUUUCUAUUUGAGAGCUUGUGGAUUGAAUCAGAGCAGUCGUGUUGGUGGACAAGAGUUUAGUAGGUCUACAAUUUCAGUUUUAUAUAUUGCAAAAGUUGGUGUAGCUCUUACUGCAACCUGCUUAAUUGGAUUUGGUUUGGUUAAAAGUGACUGGAAUCGUUUUAAAGUCAUUGCAGAAGGUAGAGAGAGAUUGCAUGCAAUUAAGCCAUCAAGGAAUGUAAGUAACUAGUAACUAGUAACAUUAUCAUUAUUUAAGUUAAGUAUAAGUUUUAAGUAAGUCUGCACUCCUCCGAAUGCAGGUCCCAACCAAAUUCAAAACAAUAAUAAAAUGCGUCGAAUGAGCAAUUAACUCUUAAAUGUUCUUGGUUUUCUGCCAUUUUUUUCUCUCUCAUUAGGUACCUUUACAAUCUGGCUGCUUGUUCAGUGAAUAACAUAGUAACAUAGCAGUAAUAACAUGUUAUAUAUCAUUAGAUUCAGAAUUGAAUGAUCUAUUUUUUAUACCAUUUGUGAGAUCACAGUUAAUUUGGUUUUUAUUUAUGGCCAAAAGUUUAAGUUUUUUGCUGUGCAAAAUUUUCACAAAAAUGUAAAUAUACCACAAACAGGUAAAGCAAAAAAAUAAGUGUUAAGUCCUAAGUUCAAAUGUUUGUUAUAUUCACCAAUGGCAUCCAUUUGUACAACUCAUAUACAAAUUUCAAGCAAUUUUACCAUUAUUUGUAUUAAUUAUGCCACUUUUAAGAAUACUUCCUUUUUUAAAAAAAAAUAGUGCAUGUGUUAAAAAAAAUUUUUUUUUAUUAAAAAAAGUUAAAGAAAACCAGGUAAGUACUUCAUGAGAGAAAUGCAAUUACUAUUAGCAAAUAAUAUAAAGCAAGGUGAAUAAUUUUUACAUAUUUUUAUAAAAAUUAUUCCACAUGGGGUACAAAUAAACAUAUCGGUAUGAAAUAUGAAAACUACUGUUUUCCAGAAACUCAUUUAUAUAACAAUGGCAGGACAAAAGUUUCUCUCUAUUUUAUAAACAUAAUAAAGAUGUUCACAUUAUAUUAUAUAUUGACUGUAAAUAACCAUUGCAGUUUUAGCAUGACAUUGCUAUUUUAUAAUCAUUCAUAGUGCUGCGGCAGAAACAUGACUAUUGUCAAAAAAAUUUGUCACUGCCUAAUUAAUUCUACUGAGAAACUAAAAAGAAUAAACCUAUAAGAUCUUUUUUCAUUAUUCAAGACAAGCAUUUUGUUUUCUUCAGAUUAAAAGAAAUAUGCCUAAAAUCCUAACACUUGAAAAUUAAUAUUGUUGUCCACAUUAUUUGUAUUUUUUCCAAGGCAGAUAUCUUUUAUCCACUAAGUUUAUCACAGUCCAAUCAACCAGACACAUUAGUUUAAUUUAGCUUAGCUUACUAUAACAGAACCAUUUAUAUUGUUUAGAUAUUGAAUCUGACAGAGACAAUAGUUCCUUUAUCAUUUAAAUAUUCAUACCGAUAUUGUGUUACAUUUAUGAAAUAAGUAUGUAUUCUCUCCUGCUUAUUUCGAUUAUUUAUUAUGCUUGAUCCAGUAACAUAUUUGCAUGCACUCACUUUUCAUCAGGUACAGAUGAAAUUAACUGUACCUGCUUAUCGGUAGUUUACUAUCUUUUUCUCAUAGCAGCAUACUAUAUAGUUAUAGGUAUGUAUGUUGGCCUAAAACAAUUUAUGACUUCCAUUAUCCAGUGAAUAAACUCCUUUAUAUCCAGUAACAGAUCACACAAAUGGGUCAUGUAGGUUCUGAGUCCAAUGAAUGUUAGAAAAUAUUGUUUAUCAGCUGGAAUAUCCAGUAUUGAAAUCGAGUUGGCUUAGUUGCCAUAACAUUGCAGCUGCAAUUAGUGUUUACAUAUACAAAGCAUCUCCAGCUUUGUUGAUGUAAACUGAAUUUGAAAAGUGAUAAAGGUGAAUGUACUCCUUAUCUUGUCUUGUUUUAAACAAGUUUCAGUAGUUAGCUCAGGUCAUAUGACAGGAAUAGCAUUGUCAUGAUGUUGGGUUGUCUAAUAUCCUAGUCAGCACUCUGAUACUCUGAAAUUAUAAUCAAAUAUAAGCAUUACCUAUAGGCUUAGGUCUUUUGAUUUAAAAAAAAAUUGAACAAAACAUUAAUUGAACAUUAUUCAAUUUAAACUAAUAAAAAUUCAAAAUUAAGAGCUGUUUUUAAUCAAGACUAAAAUAUAGACCUAAACGUCAUCGCCUCUUCUAAGUGUAUCCAAUGUAAACAAAGGAAAUUUCUAACAACUAUGCCUAUGAAAAAAAAAAUUACAAUAAAAUAUACACUUGAUAUACUGGAAAAAUAAAUGACUAUAAAUAAGUUUAAAUAGUUAAUUUCAAUAAUUAUGUGGUCCACUGUUACAGUAUAUCAAUGUAAACUUAGUUUUUUCCACUAAUUCCAUUAAAGUUGAGAGCGUUUAGACUCGCUGUAACAAAGAAAAAAAUCUUACCGUUGAUAGCAAACUUUCGAUCUGGUGAAAAUAUACAAAAUCAUCAGCAGUUAUGUCUUCUUCUUGUUUUUAUCGGACUAUCAAAAUGUUUUGACGUUAAAUAUAAUCACCAACAAGUUUGGAAGAUAAAUCCGGAGCCUAUUAGUCACAAUGAUUGCAACCACCUUCGCCGAACUUUUACAGGUUUGGCAAUAUGGCGGACGAAAAUUGCGUCAUCGACAAAAAAAGAAGCACGAUGCUGGAGCUAAUUUUUUUUUAUUAAUAAUAUAAAUUUACGCUUAAAAUUGAUAUUUUUUUUAAAUUUAUAAAAAAAUUAUAUUUGCCCGUUAAAAAUAACUUUGGUAGGUAAAAAUGUGAUUAAAAAAUCAAUUAAUAAUCCAUCAGCCAUCAAAGGGUGAAUAGUCAAGACAACAUACUUUGAGAGUUAAUUUGACAGUUCAAUCAAAAAAUUUUUAUCACUAACUCAUGCGAAAGUAACAGUAUAACCCUUAAAGGGCACAGUGAAGAAACACACACUGCAGGUCAUCUACUGCAUCCUGUUCUAUUUCCAGCCUUCUUAAGUUUUGUCAUUGGAUCAAAUGGGCAAGGACAAGAGAGUGAGGCUGACGAAUUAAGCAACUCUCCCUCACUUUAAACAAAAUGCAGUCCAAGUCAACCAAGUCAAGGUUACUACUGAGUAAAAAAUUGCCUUGGGCCUUGGUCAUCUUCACGUGCAAAGGAUGACCAGACUAGCAACAACACCAAGUACAUGGUCAAGUGUGAUAAUUGUCACUCAAAUACUUCAAGUGCUGUCCAAAAAUUGGUACUUUUUCACUUGCUUGCAUUUCACUUCGUAAACCCAAUAGACCAUCAGUAAAAUUACACAAUCCACACCACUUAUUUCCAACGACCACCAUCUUGGUUUCCUACGACCCAUUACAAGUCAUGGCAACUAAAAUAGCAGCAGUGUUAAAAAUAAAGUAAUGAAAAAACAUGUAUGCUACUGUGGUACAGUUACUCUCUGGGCUAAGAAAAGUGUAAAAAUGAAAAACAAUACAAAAUAAUUUUAAAAUAAUGAAAAUCCAACUAAAAGUUUCACAGAAUACACUUUAUUUCAGGUUCCACUCAAAAGAAAAUCCAAAUGUUGUCAGAAAAUCAAUACAAUACAAUACUAUACCCAUUUUCCAAAAUGCUAGAAAAUUUAAAUAUUAUAAUUAACCACCCAAUGGAAUUAUAAUCUAAAACAUUCCAUCAACAUAUAAAAGAAAAGUUAACAUUCUAGAAACAAUACAAGAAUAAACAAAAGGGAGAGAAUCCUACACAGAAGUUCAAAGUGGUGUGGAUUGUGUAAAUUGACCAGAAUAUCGUCAUGUGGAUUUACUGUGUGCUAAGCCUGCAGUUUGCAAAAAAAUUAUCCGGUGCCUAUACUGCAUAUCACAUAGCACGGAAGCAUUUCCUUGGUUCACUAUGGGUUGUCUCAGCAAGUUGGACUAAACACAAGGCGCUUUGACAGUUUUGAGAUGCUAUUCAGCAAGCCACCAUAACCAAAGCAUUCUCACAUGCAGUGCCUUCUGCGUUGUGUCGUAAGUUUGCAGAAUGUUUCCUGGCAAAAAAUUAUUUGCAAUAUGAACCAGCGCUUUUGUUCUGCCGGCCAUAGUAUUGUUUAUUUUAUAUUAUUACAAGCAAUUAGUCUGCAAGACAACUUCAUUUGCUAAAAAAUGUAGACGAAAGAACUAGGUCACCAUAUAUUGAGGUCGUUUGGCACUUUCUAAUGAAUAGCAUACUAUGUGACAUUUGGGAAAUGAGCGAAAAGUAUGGGAAAACUUGAAAAAAAGGAUGCUAAUUUCCUUUUACCCAACCCGUUUGCAGUCUUUCCCUAAUAUUACCUAUAGACAUUUGGGACCAGAGUUCGAAGGAGUGCCAGUAAGUUAAUAAGUUCUUAUUCAAGUUAUUCUGAAACUUAGGUCAUUAGAUUAUUUGUAAUUAGAUUGGUAUCAGGUUUGCAAGUUGUAAAUACAGAAUAAGUAACAUGGUCAAGGUACCUUUCGGGGUAUACAGUCAUAUUAUCGCUAUGCUGCUGGGGCAGGCCGAUGGCUCAGAAAAAUUAAUUUAAUUGUAAUUGAACUUAAGAGAUUAUAACUUGAUGGAUACAACUAAAGUCAAGUGGGAUUUUAUUAUAAAAGUAACUAGCAUUUAAAAAUAAAAAAUAAAAUAGAUUCAAGGAUGAGAGUUUUUAUAAGACAUCUAUCUAAGACUUUGAGCUGCUUUCCUCAGGUGCACACUCUUCUCUCCUCUAUCAUUUGGCAUUCUUGUUCUUCUAUCUAUUAACUUAAUUAAGGGCCCAUGAUCAAUGCAUUAAUCAUUCUGGCUCCAAUGUAUGUAGAGGAGAUUAGCUAUAUUUUUGUGCUUGGUACUGAAGAUAUUUCACUGGUUGUAAGGGCUACACAGCAAGAUUAUCACGAGCUGGGGGCUGGAAGGCCUGAGGCAAUAGACGCAAAUGUGUCAAGUGUUGUCGCCUUGUUCCAGUCCCUGAAUGUCUUUGGCAGAAAUUAGCAGUUCCUGUACUGUGUUCUUGCUGUUAUGAGCCGGAACUGCCUGUCAUGGCCUCGUCACUGUCUAAGGAGGAGAGAGACGAGUUUCUGUUUGAUUUUGGAGCAGUGGACCAGCUCAUUUUUUAUCUUGUAUAUCAUGGAGAGUCUGGAUAAUCUUCAUUGUUCCAGCAUACUGCCAGUACUAGAAAUGUUCCUCUAGCGGUUCAGGACAAAGCGUGCUGCCCGUCACUGGACGCCUCCAUCCUGACGAUGCUCCUCUGGGUGAAUGGGUCCCAGACUGAAGAUGCAUAAUCAAAAAGCAGCCAGACAAAGGAUUAUAGGCCUUAACCCUAGGGUCUUGUUGGCCUGGUUGCUCACAUUGUUAAUAUGCUGGUCCCAUCGGACCUCUCUUUGAAUGGUAACACAGAUGUACCUUACGGGGAAAUUGGCUCAAGCUUAUGGCGAUGCAGUUCAUAAUGGGGUGUUGAGGGGGUACUACUUCUAGAGACUGGCAGUGUCUGGUACUUGGCAUGAUGAAAUUCCAUGUCCCAGCUCAUCUCCCACUCAGCUAACCAAUGGAGUGCCUGUGGUAGCUGAUCCUGCUCAGAACUGUUGGCGAUCGUCCUAUGCACCGCCAUGUCAUCUGCGAACCCUCUUACUUAGGAGGUUAGUUUCUUGGGUAGGUCAUUGAUGUAUGCUAGGAACAAACAGGGGAUAGCACUGAGCCCUGGGGGACCCCUGACUUAGCGCUGACAAAAGGGGAGCGUGUACCGUUCACCACUACUGCCUGUCAAUGGUUGCUGAGGAAGCUAGAGAUCUAUGUUUUGUAGUGCCUUGUAUCCCACAUCUCUGAAGUUUAUUUUAAAGCAAACUAUGAUUUACACGGUCAAAUGCCUUUGAGAAGUCCAGCACGUCAGUUUGCCAGGUUGGUCACCAAGUCUUCUACAAAUUCAUGUAGCUGGGUCUCACAUGAUCUUUUGACUUGGAAGCCAUGCUUUCUAAGUGUCACACCCAGCGUAGCCUGUCCUUUUUUAUUUCCGCUACUAGCGUGAGAUCCUGAUAUAAACUAUGCCAUUCCAGGUUGGUUCAUACUCUCCAUCCAUAUUCAUUCUUUUGUUGGUCCAUAUAUUUUAAGAAGAACUUUUCUGUCUCAUGUGUUUUGUAGGUUUUCUGCCAUUUUUAUUAAGGACGAGGGCUUUUAUAAUGGAUAUAUUGUUGUUUUAUAAAUAACUUUUUUUGUUGUUGUUUAUUCUAAAUCUUAGGUUCAGGUUGACACAGAUAAAUCAGGUUUGAAGCUCACCUUGUUUCAGUAUCAGACAUGUCCAUUCUGCUGUAAAGUUAGAGCAGUGUUGGAUUACCACGGCUUUUCAUAUGAUGUUAUAGAAGUAAAUUCUGUCACCAAGAAACAACUCAAGUGGUCAGAUUAUCAGAAAGUACCAAUUGUCAUAGUAGAACUUCCUGGGUCCGAUCAAGAAGUGGUAAUUCAAUUCAAUUUUUUUUUCAUAUAUUUUACAGCAAAUAUGUUUACCAACUAUUUCAUUACAAUACUCUAUGAUAUUUUUUUAAUGGAUUGUCAAUGUUAUUUAUGGUUUUCACUUUUACAUUGAUAAUGAAGAGCUGUGAAAUAAAGUUAAAAAUAGUUGUUGGUUAAAUUUCAGGUCAUCAAGGAUAGCUCUGUGAUCAUAAGUGUAUUAGAAUCCUAUCUCCAUGACAAUGCAGCAAGCAUACCACAGUUGUGCUCCUAUUACCCUUGUCUAACAGAGAACGAAGGCAGACGGAAAAAAUAUGACUUCCAAAAUAAAUAUUUCAUCAUGUUUCCACGUACAGUGGAUUUGAACCACACAGUUGAAGAAAGGAGGUAAAUUUUCAAGUGACUCUAACCAUAAUGGGGGAAGAGACUGCAAUCAAGUUAAGUAACUUAUCAAGUCUAGGGAUCUCUUUCUCCUGUUAAGGUUAAAGAGACACACAAAUUGUGUCAUCUCCAAAUUAGUUGUUAUCCAAAGCAGAGGCUCAAUUACCAUACCACAUUCAACAAAUACUGUACCACAUUCAACAAUUACCAUACCACAUUUAACAAUUACUGUACCACAUCCUUACAGUUUUCUCACUUAAAUGCUCUUUAAAUCUAUUAUUUGAUUUUUUUAAAAUAAAUGUAGACUUUAGUGCGUUAAAAAACAGCAAAUUGAAAUUUGUAUUUUUGGUUACUUAUAAUUUUUUAAAUAAUUGCAAUAUAGAGCAAAAUAGCUUGUCCACAUCCUUGGUUUUUAAAGAUAUUCCUUAGAUUCAAAUGUUGAUUUAGUUUUAGAGCUCAUCAGAAAAAUGUUAAUGCAUUUUUUUUCCUGUUUGUAAAUUUAAUUCUAAGUGAAGAGAGAAAAUGGCGAAAGUGGGCAGAUGAUCACCUAGUCCACAUGUUAUCUCCUAACGCUUACCGGACUGUCAAAGAAUCCCUACAAGCUUUCCAGUAUUUCUCUGCGGUAGGACAGUGGGAGCAGAACUUCUCCUUUCUGGAACGCUAUGUUGUUAUUUACAUAGGGGCCGCCGUCAUGUACGUGAUGGGAAUGAUCCUAAAGAACAAGUAAGUGAUCCAACGAUGCUACAUCAGUGGGGAAGAAUUCAGCACUUCAAAAGUAUCUGCAUUGUUUGGGGGUUUUAUUGUUGUUUUUGUAACGUAUUUUAUGGGGAGAAAUAGAUAAAGUAAAAUGAGCUUUUAAAAAAAUAUCUAUUUGCUAAUUUGGCUAAAUUAUUUCUUUUAAAUAUUCAUAUUAUUUUGGCAAUUUUGUCAUUUGAAAAAUUUAUGAAAGAGCAACCGCUACCUUUUGAAACAAUAUUUAGAUUCAAAUUGCAAGCACUCCAAUAAAAAUUAUGAAAUAAAUGAUGAUUAAAAAUUAAAAUGUAUAUUUUACAGGUAUAAACUUAAAGAGGAUGUGCGUGAAUCCCUCUAUGAUGCUUGCAAUGAAUGGGUUAAGGCUGUUGGUAAAGAAAGAGUCUUCAUGGGAGGGGACCAACCAAAUUUAGCUGACUUGGUAAAUACUGUUAUAGAUUCCAACUGGUAGAAAAACUCUUUUUACUAAGUUUCAUAUUAUGCAAUAAAAUAAUCUAGGCUACAAAUAUUUACACAUUUGUUUUUAAAAGUGAUCUAUAAUUUCUUUAUGAAAAGCUGGUAUGUAAAAAAAACUUUGCAUCUAUGACUGUGUAGGGGACAUAAUGAUUAAUUAUAUAAUGUAUAUAUAUAUAUAUGUAUAUAUAUAUAUAUAUAUUCCUGAUCAGCAGUCAGAAAAUCAUAGUUCUAUCCGUUUCCUCAAGCAGAUAGGAGGAUAGAGCAGCAGCAGACAGAAGUGGAUUAAAUUUAACUGAUUGUCUUAUUUACAUCAUCCAGAUCCAUUGGCCUUUUAGGGCACAUACCCUUUGGCCUGGGGCCAUGGGGAAAAAGUUACACUUUCUCUGCAGCUGUUCCUUUUUUGAUACAUAGGGUGUUUGUUAAGUCUGGUAUUUUUGUAGAUGGUUUAGACGUAAGUCUUGAAGUGCUGGGCAGUGGAAGAGGUGGUGUGUUACUGUCUCAUUUGGAUGUUUGCAUAGGGGGCACAUUCUAUAUUUAAUUUGGUUUUAUGUGGUUAAGGUGGUAAUUACGUUGGUAAAAAGGAGAUCACGUGAUGAAAGAGAAAAAGGCCAGAGAGUAGUGUAUGUAGGCAGGAGCCAGAGGAAGAUGGCUGUACUGAGUUCUCAUUGAUACGUUUUAUCCUGUAGAAAGUGUAAAUACGUUCAGUUGCUGCAUUAAAUUUAAUUGUGUUUACCGAGGACUUCAAUGUUAUUAUUGUGAGGAAGAGAUUGUUAUUAAUUAACACCUACAAAAGAGAGCUCGGCUAAAACGAACACGUUACCUAUGUCCUGUACACAGAUGAAAGUUUAUGACCCGCUCGUGUCUUUGGAGGCAGUACUGGAAUUUAAGGAUCCGAGCUGGGUAUAUGUUUGAAAACACAUCUUCCUGUUGAGCCCAAAGCUCAUCCAUUUAACCACUCUUCUUUUUUUGUUAGCUCUGAUAAUUUGCUUCGAAAUGUUGAGUGAUGUAGGUAUGUUUGGCUGUGUUGAGUGAUUUAGGUAUGUUUGGCUGUUUUGAGUGAUUUAGGUAUGUAUGGCUGUGUUGAGUGAUGUAGGUAUGUUUGGCUGUGUUGAGUGAUGUAGGUGUGUAUGGCUGUGUUGAGUGAUGUAGGUAUGUUUGGCUGUGUUGAGUGAUGUAGGUAUGUUUGGCUGUGUUGAGUGAUGUAGAUAUGUUUGGCUGUGUUGAGUGAUGUAGGUAUGUUUGGCUGUGUUGAGUGAUGUAGGUAUGUUUGGCUGUGUUGAGUGAUGUAGGUAUGUUCGGCUGUGUUGAGUGAUGUAGGUAUGUUUGGCUGUGUUGAGUGAUGUAGGUAUGUUUGGCUGAUCAUUUUAUGCUCCCUGUUCUGCUGGUUUGUCUGCUUUUUCAUUUCCUGUGGUGUCCUGGUAUAUUUUGGUGUCUUGGUAAAAUUUGGUGUCUUGGUAUAUUGUGGUGUCUUGGUAUACAUUAUUAAGUUAACUUGACUGCAUAGGUUUCUAGGAAGGUGUUUAUUUUCAGAAGUAGUUAUUUUACUGUCAUUGUUGUGAGAUCUUGGUGCCCAUCUACCUGAAGUAUCACAUUGCAAUUGGAGAAUGUAACAACAUUACUUUGUUUGGUGGGAUAAACUGUGAAGAUUCCAGAUAGGAGGUGUAACGCUGCUUCAAUAACAGUCACUUCUGCUGCACAAUUACUGAAGAUUGUCCCACAAGGGUUGCAGGUUACUCACAUGAUCGGUCUGGGUACUCUAUUUGCUCACUAGCUUGCUUGUAGGUCACCUUUGAAAGCUGACCCAUCUGUGUAUAUUUGAUUUAUAUCUUCUGGGUAGGAUGCUAUGGCUUUUCUGCAGCUGUCGUUGUGUGCAAGGGUUUGUACUUUAAUUUUAUGUCUUUUCUUUUAGGUCUGUUUCGAUACAUGGCAUUUGUAAAUGUUGGUUUGGGGAAAGGCCUCUCUGUCAGGUAGGAGGUGUUUCUCUUCAAUUUUAGAGAGGCCACAUCUAGUGUUGAUUUCUGUUUAAUUCUAUGAUUUGUUCUCCAUUUUUUAACCAAUUGUCUAUUUGGAUGUUGCUUGUCUAGCCUUCUGUACCUUUCAACCAUCUCAAUAAUUUAUAACUGCUUCCUCAGUUAUAAGAUUUAGUGAGUCUACAUUAGUCUGUAUUUCACAUGUAUAUCUUAGAUCUCCCGAGAUGUUGCCCAUCUCUUAGCUAUGCCCAUUUAUUUCUCUUGGCUGUCUUGAGAGCUAUUUUCGCUUUGGCAAUGCUCUGAUCUAGAAUUAUAUUGUUUUACACAUUUGGAUUAUUUUCUUCUUCUUCUUUAUCUUAAGCGCCCACGAUCAAUUUAUUGAUCAUUUUGGCUCCUAUGCAUGUAGAUGGGAUUUGCAAUGUUUCUGUUACUGGUGUUGAUGAGGAAAUCAUGCACUAGGGGUUUGAAGGCUUGAGGCAAUAGACACAAAUGUGUCUAGUGUUGUCGCCUCAACCAUUCCUUUUGAAAGAUUGUUCCAGUCCCUGAUUGUCAGAUUCUGUUUUUUUUCCCCCCUUGUUCUUUAUUUUUGUCCCAGAAAGGUUUCUAUGACCUCCUGCAAAAUACUUAGGAAGGCAGCUUCUAAUAUGGCGUUGUGAUUUAUUGUUUUGCUGACUUUUUCUGUGGUGUUUUUCUAUGGGUGAUGUCACUAGGUAGUUUAUCACGUCUUGCUUUAUGCAAACCCAACCCAGGUGUCAUGAGCCCUGUGGAGAAGAGUGGGUGUCCGCUGCUUGUUGUGUAUUGUGAAAAUGUCUUUAGGGUUGCAGAGAUCUUCUACUGCUUUUCCAGUGUUGUAAUUUUGGUACCCUCAUUGAGAAGAGUGGCUGUUAAAAUCACCAGCAGUCACAGUCUUGUUGUAUUGUGUUCUGUAAGUGCUAAAAACUAGGGGUGUGCCGGAUCCGUUUUUUCCAACCGGAUCCGGAUUUUCUUAUGCGAAAUCCGCCGGAUUCCGGAAUAAUCCGGAUUCCGGUUUCUCCCGGAUUCCGAAUUUUGGUACUAUUGGUAGAUACUUCGGUAAGUCAAGGUGGACUACUACUUUUUGUGUAUGGGAAUUCGCAAUCGGCGCCAAUAAAUCCGAGUUUUUAAUUUUCCGAUGUGUGUGUCUAUUUAUUAUUAAAUUAGUACUUUCGAUAUAUAUUUGAGUUCCGUUCCAUUUGGAUAUGUGUCUUACGAGAGACGCCAUGUUUCUACGCGUUCGCAGCAGGUCAUGCAGCUCGCUCAACCUAAUUUCGCCAUGGGGUUGGCCACGCCCCCCUUUUUAAUGGCGGAAGUUGACGAUACUUAGGAAAUAUUAAUUUAUUAUCACUAUUUACAUCAAAAUAAUUGAUAACUUGUGUUUCAGAAUGCAUUUAAAGACAUUUAAACUGGAAUGUUUUAAUUUGAGCUUUAACAACCCGGUAGAAUCCAUAUUAUAAAUGAUCAGAAUUUUCUGUGUGCAACAUUUUGUCAUUGGCACCCAUUCACAGCCACUUGCAUAAUGGCUAUAUCAAAGUACUAUCUCAGAGUUUCAUUCAUAAGAGUUUGCCGUGUGCAAAAACUAUUAAACCAUUGGUCAGGGAAAGCUUUAAUUAAUUAUUCAUGUGCCAAAGUUGAAAGUUUAAACUAAGUCUAAACAGUAUUUUAGUGAUAAGGCAGGGAAUGCGUUGCCUUAUAUAAACUAUAUAGUCAUUGCGCAUGACGGGAUUGGCGGAAUGAGAUCACAGAAUGUGGAGAUGCAGUCCAUGUUAAAAAAUGACAAACCAAGUCGUACUUUAAAAAUUCAUAACUUUACAACUACAACAGCUAAACAUAUGAUUUUGGUGUUAUAAUUCUUUAAAAAAUUACAUCUUUUCAACUAUGCCAUUGGUUUAUUUUUACAAAAAGUUUAAAUUUUCUUAUCAAAGUCCCUACACUAUUGGCCACUAUUAGCGGUGCUGACUCUAGCCUCUGGUAUGUACGGAAUAUUAAACAUUAAACAAGCUCAACGCUCGAAACAAUCGAUUAAUGUAUUGUGAUCGUGUGGAAUUCGGGAAAGAGAAUUACUUUUAUUUCAGAUUAUGAUCCGGUGAGUCACAAAAUCUGGCAAAUUCCGAAAUCCGGUAUAUUCCGGAUUCCGGAAUCCGGUUGUUCCGGAUACAUGUAAAUCCGGCGGAACCGGAUUUCACCGGAUAGUGCAAAAUCCGGCGGAACCGGAUUCCGGACCGGACUCCGGCACACCCCUACUAAAAACUGUAUAUUUUUACCUUGGUACCAAAAAUAGCAUUUUGGAUAUCUGUAAUCUGAUCUGUGUGGAAAUUACCUCAAACUCAACUUGGAUGUCAUGCCCCUACAGUCAUGGCACUUUCAAGUGUAAUGAGUAUACCCUGUCAUGUGUGGGUCUCUAUUGUGAUGCAAAGUUUCUUAAGUAGUAAUAUAUGUACUUGUUUUAUGUGCAGAUUUAUUCUUUUUUGUUUGAUAUCCCACAAACAUAAGUUUGUGUUCGUUUCAACCUGCCCUGGGUGCAGGCCUUGAUAAAACAAGGCAAAGCCCAAGCUCUGAUGUAUUUCAGUUUGUCUUCAUCACCAUGGUUAUUACUGGUUUUGUCUGUGGCUUUCCUUCCCAGCCAGAUCCAGAAGCUGGAUACACCAAGUCACAACACACUGAUCUAGCAAACCAAAAGGAAGUCUUUAGCGCUGUGACAUCCCUCAGUGGUGUUGAUCAGGCAGUUCAUAUUUCAUUGUAGGUUUAGGCCAUUUUAGUAAUAGAAAGAGGAUUGCAACUUCCUGGGUCUGUUGUGUCUGGGCGAGGACUUUUAUAAUCCUGGGGACUGACAGGGUCCACCAGACCAGUAUUGUGGUAUGUGGACUGAUGUGUCUGUUAAAACUGGGAGGGCCAGUGCAACAUGAGUAGAAGUACUUUCAUGAAGGCAUCCAUUCAGACACACUGAAGUAGGAGAGGCCAUAUUUCAGUGGUGGCCAAGAUUGCUAUAGAUGAGGCAGUCACUACCUCUCAACAGGAGAGGCAUUGUCUUGUGCAUCACUGAUUUUUAUCCUCCCCGCCUUAUAUACAAAUAAUUGCUUUGUCUCCCCAGGCUGUCUAUGGAAUUCUGAACUCCAUUGAAGGUUGUACUGCUUUUCAAGAUGCCUUGCAGAAUACAAAGAUUGGGUCCUGGUAUUACCGUACAAAAGCUGCUGUUAAUUCUCAUCAAGGAGCACACCAACUCAAUAGUUCAUCUUGACACUUAAUUUACGGUAACUUAAACAAGUGUAAGUAAGUGGGGUAAAUAGAACUAGAAGGUUGCAGUCUAUUAUUCAAAUGUGGAUAAUAACCCUGUCCUUAACAAUGGAUUGUUGUAAUCCAAUCUAUUUAUCAUUAAAAUAUUAAGGGAUAAUAAAUAUAAGUCACUCAUGUAGACCAGACAAAGCCUAAAUCUAAAAGCCUGCCUGGGCAUUUUCAUAGAAAGAAACAUUUCGUGUACUUAUUUGUUCAUUCAUUGAUAGACUUUCAAAUCAAUUAUCAUAAACUGAACUAAUCUCUACAGAAAUGUUAACUAAUCACAUCAUAACUGAUGACAACAUCAUGAUUUGUUAACCACACCAGAAGUCUUUACAAACUGAAAAGUUGGGCUGGGUGUGGAUUAGGAUUUAUAAAAGGAUUAUGGCUGCUGGAUUUAUUACAGUCCAAGAAGAAUACCUAAGCUAUUGGUAACCAAAAAACCAAACUCUAGGAAAAUCUAUCAGAAUGAUGCACAUGUUGAUAGAUCAUAUUGCCUUAAUGGAGUGUCAUGCUGGUCCAAUUUUUGUCAGUACUUGAAGCUUUAAAAAAUCUCAAAUAACCAAGUUGACAUUUUGUUGCUUUUUCUAACUAAAAUAUGUAGCUUCAGUUUUUAGAGGAAAAACCAGAUAGCUUUUAGUUGCUGCUUAAAGAGUUCUAAAAUAUAGGUACACUAUUAUAAAAAAAAAAAAGGUAAUGUUUUUGAAGAAAAAUUGUCUGCUAUAUUUUUUUGAGUUUUUGCACUACACAUAGUUAAACAGAAUAUUUUGUGGCACACUUCUUUAAUAUGGUGAUUUAUACUAUUCUGAUAACUAUACAAUGUGCCACUUAAAAUUAUUUGAAAGGUUUAUGUCUGUGAGUAAAGACACCAUUUUAUAAAAUGUAAAUAAAUGCCAAGUAAAAUUCCCUUGCCUAACUAUAGUUUAGGAAAGCAAUGAAUUUUAGGAUAUAUUUUGAUUAUAGCUUGAAAUGCAACAAUUUAACUGUUCUCAAGGUUUUUCUACUUGAACUAUUCCUUGAUUUUUUUUUUUUAAUGUUAAAAGUUUGUAAAUUAAUUAAUGACCUUAUCUGUUAAUUUGAUACAUGUAAUUUAUAUAAUUUUUUUUUUGUUAAUUUAAAGAUUUGUGGAUUAAAAUUGAUUGACC